AUGGCCCCACAACCCACAGAUCAGACUCAUCUGAAGCAAUACUUCCAGCAUCUUGCUGGAAAUUCAACUGUUAUGCAUGCACUUCAGAUAGGAGCAGAUAUUGAGAAGGAUCUUUUUGCUUUUGGAGAUAAACCAGGCCUUGCAAAUUCUAUCAGCCAUCUGAAGUCCCCAACCACCAAGAAUGCUGGAUUGGUGCCAGGAUCUCUCUACCAAGCUUUAGAGGUAUAUUUCCUCCAGUGCUGCAGGAGGAAGAAUGCAGCUCACUCUGAGAAAAGGACUAUUGCAAGGGUUCUGGGCCUUCAUGCCACCCCACUACCGGCCAAGUCUCUUGCAGACACUGGUACAGUCAGGAUGGUCACUUGUGACCGUCCUGCUAAAACCAGCUAUAAACGGGGUAUACUUUUAGUGGACCGUGGCAAUGAGGAUCUGGUUGGUAGUGGGGAUACUGCCCUUUCUGUUCCUGUGGAUGAUUCAUGGUAUGUGAUUGAACCAGAUGAAAGCAUUAUUUUUGUCGAUUCCAAGGGAUCUGUUACACUUGCUGUACUCUGUGGCAAGUGUGGCCAGCAUCCUGACCUGUUGACUUAUGUCAAUAGUAUCAUUGACAAGGCUGUCAAUGACUGCAAGGGGGUCAGGCCUACCCAUGGGGGGGGGAGCUGGUUCAGUUCAGCUGAAAUGCUGGUCCUCGUCAUGCACGUGUCUUCACAGAAGGACUCCCGUGCUUUAGGAAUUCUGGCUUUGAGCUGGAACUUGCUCGUAGCUAGUCUCCCUGCUGAGGUCAGUACAUCAUGUAUUGAGGCAAUCAAUGAGGCAGGCCGGCCUGCUAUGACAGUCAAAGGCAAUGACUUAGACUUUGGGUAUACCCUAGACUUACUUGGUGGUCCUCUCUGCUUUUUGACAGCUGAGCGGGCUCCCUCUGAGGCAUAUAUGUCACAGAAUUAUGAGUCCCCCAUUCACACAGACCAACUCUAUGCCCCUUAUGCGAUGAACUGGGUUACUCUUCAUGCUAUCAUGGAUCCAGAGCAAUGUCAGCUUCAUGGUGGUCGUAGUUCUGGUGGAAAUUAUGUGGAUGUCUCCCUCAAGGUAGUGGUGAAAUGUGCCACUGACACAGUCAUGAGUAUGCAACCCUGUUUCCAGCAUGGUAUGACCCUUGCUCGAGAUGGUGUCUGCAGACAAGGAACUGCCAUCAAUUUUUCGAAGCACAUCAAGCAAGCCUUUGAUGAGGCAAUUGCAAUCGAAGGUGAUGUCAAGGCAAUGGUUACCCGACUUGUAGAGGAAGAAGAGUGA